AUGAAGGGAAAGAAGGCCGGUGAUGAUGACAUUGCAAUGGCUAUGGAAAGGAUUGCAAAUGCGCGAUUGCAAGCAAAUGAAGAUAGGAAGAUGGCAAGAAACUUGGAGAAAGAGGCUAUGGAUGCUAUUGAAGCUCGGAGAGCUGCUUUGGAGGAGAGGAUUAACGCCAACGAGGAGAGGAAGUUGGCUUUGGAGGAGAAGAUGCAAGCCACCGAGGAGCAUCUACGCCUAGCGGAGGAGGAGAGGAAGCUUUUCUUCAUGGAUACUUCCCAAAUGGAUGAGAGGCAAAAGGAGUACAUAAUCCUUGCUCGCGACGAACUGUUGGCCAAAAAGAGAUUGUUGAUGGCCAACAUGAACACACCCACGACCGGCAUGUUUGGAGGAGGCAUGCCGACGUUUGGAGGAGGCAUGGGAUGCAUGACCGGCAUGGGAAGCAUGCCCAUGCCCACCAUGGGAGGCAUGGCCGGCAUGGGAAGCAUGCCAAUGCCCGCCAUGGGAGGCAUGGCCGGCAUGAGAGGCUAUGGAGGCAUGGCCUGCAUGGGAGGUCCAACCUAUGGAGGAGUGUUUGGAGGGAUUAUGGGAGGCUCGGUGAGUGUUGUGUAUGGGACUAUUGGAGCACCACCGGGAGGCUUCGUGUCUUCCAUGAAUGUUACUAUUCCUACUUUAAUCCAAGAUGACGAGGAAGAAGAAGAAGGUGUUGACUUGGAAAAUGCGCAAGUGUGA